CUCGCUAGUUGCUGCUACUUCCACUUCCACUCUGUUCUUCCCCAGAAAAUUUCUCGUUCCCUUUUUUUGGAUCAUAAAUUCAUCAUUCGUAAAAACGGAAAUAGAAAUUGUUUUAUCGAACACAAAUUUAAAUUAUUUAAUUCUUUGAUUUUUUUUUUCUGUAAUUUAAUUGGAAAGUACAGACAAGAUCUGAAUCUGCAACGGAACAGGUUCUCAGCCACCUUCUUCAGCAGAAGCUCACUCUCGCGCCACCGGAUCUUCAUCAGCCUCCAUGAUCCCUCACUCUCACUCCCUCAAUUUCACUCAUUGAUCUCCGCCUCCAAUACACGUCCCUUAUGUUCCACAAAUCUAGGGUUUCUUCUCUCCUCAUCAAUCUCCGCGCAUUCAUCCAUCGCCGUCACCCUCAUGUCAUCCAAGAUCAAUCCCCAAAACCGCAACCGAAUCAAUGGUCAGAUUUGUCCCCAGCCGUGUCUGCACCUCGUGGAGUUCCGAGCACGAAAUGGGUCCAAACCGUUUCGUGCGCUCCAGGACUGUCUCCGUGUGAAGCCGCCGGGAGGGCGAGCCGCGAUCCGCCGGGAUCCAUUCGAGGUGCCUCGGUGCAGCGCUUGUGGGGAUUCAGCUCGGCCCAGGCUCUACGCGUGCGUGGUUUGCGCCGCUGUAUCAUGUCACGCGCCUCCGUUUCACUCGCAUGCGGCAGCGCAUGCCAACUCCGUGCCUCCGGGUCACGAGAUUGCGGUGGAUGUGGACCGCGCCGAGCUCUUCUGCUGCGCUUGCCGGGACCAGGUCUACGAUCGAGACUUCGAUGCAGCUGUGGUCUUGGCACAGACCUCCGCUAUGCCCACACCAUCUCAAUGCUUUAAUCCCGGGAACCUCCGGAAGCGGCGGAGAGUGGACUACCGGCCUUGGAGCCCCGACAUGCGCGAGCACGCGCUGAUGGGAAACUGCUCCAUCCCUCUCCAUGACGCCGAUAGCUGCAAUGACGACAACUCGCUACCGGAUUUGCCAUGGGGAUUGCGCGGAUUGAAUAAUCUGGGAAACACUUGUUUCAUGAACUCGGUUUUGCAGGCGUUACUGCACGCACCGCCUUUGCGGAAUUAUUUCCUGAGCGACCGGCAUAACAGGUAUUACUGUCAGCAGAAGAAUGGUGUUGGCGGUGGUGGCAGGAGGAAUGCCGGUGGUGGUGAUGGAAGUGGGAGCAAGGGUGGUAAGCUGUGUUUGGCUUGCGAUAUGGAUGCUAUGUUUUCGGCUGUAUUUUCAGGAGACAGGAAGCCAUAUAGUCCUGCAAAGUUCCUGUACAGUUGGUGGCAACAUGCUGCUAACCUGGCAAGUUAUGAACAGCAGGAUGCACAUGAAUUCUUUAUUUCCAUGCUUGAUGGGAUACAUGAAAAUGUUGAGAAGGAUGGACGAAAGCCUCUGAAUCAAGGAAAUGGAGAUUGCUGUAUUGCUCAUAGAGUAUUUUCUGGUAUCUUGCGGUCUGAUGUCAUGUGCAUGGCUUGUGGCUACACAUCAACAACAUAUGAUCCCUGCGUUGACAUCUCCUUGGAUUUGGAGCCAAGUCAAGGAGGUUCAGCAAAAAAAUCAUCUGCAAAGUCCCACAACGCAUGCAACGGGGAGGUAGAUUGCAUAAGCCAAAACUGUGGAAUAUCAACAUUGAUGGGUUGCUUAGACAGAUUUACAAGACCAGAGAGAUUGGGCUCAGACCAGAAAUUUUUCUGCCAACAGUGUCAAGUGAGGCAGGAAUCUCUUAAACAGAUGUCGAUUAGAAAGCUUCCUCUGGUUACUUGCUUCCACAUCAAAAGAUUUGAACAUUCUUCUAUUCGGAAAAUGUCAAGGAAGGUUGACCGUUACCUGCAGUUCCCAUUUUCAUUGGACAUGGCUCCAUAUCUCUCUUCUUCAAUCUUGAGAAGUCGAUUUGGUAAUAGGAUUUUGUCUUUUGAUGGGGAUGAGCCUGAUGCAUUCAACGAGAAGUCAUCAGAGUUUGAGUUAUUUGCUGUUGUCACUCACACUGGAAAACUAGAUGCCGGCCAUUACGUGACAUACUUGCGAUUAAGGAAUGAAUGGUACAAAUGUGACGAUGCCUGGAUCACUCAAGUCAAUGAGAAUAUUGUCAGAGCUGCACAAGGGUACAUGAUGUUUUAUGUGCAGAAGAUGUUUUACUAUAAAGCAAGCGAGAAACAGAGCUGAAAAGAAACAAACAGUUUUUAGUUAAUCCAAUCACUCAAACAAAAAUCAACCUCAGAAUUGGGAUUUUGGGUGUAAUGCUGAUUGUGAAAAGAGCAUGGCCAGUUUUGUUAAAAAGUAAAAAAAAAAACAAUUUUCUCUUCAGAGAAAGACAAUAACAGCAGGUAGCUAUCCUCUCUCAACAAUCAGGAGAUCAUAUAUUAAUGCUAAAUUGGAGUUGUAUAGUGAGCCUGAAUUUUUGAGGCGCUCCAGCAUUCAGGAAGAUUAAUUUAUAAAGGUAUGGAUUCCUUUAAAGUGACAUCUGAUUAGAUUUUCUUCUUAUUAGAAUGAUCAUUUUCAAGUAUUAGCGGGUUGAUUCUUUUUUUCUUUUCCACGAAUCCUUCUGGAACUGGAAAUGCUUGGAGAUGUACUUUACCAGUGUACUAAUCCCUUUCUUAACAUGGCUAAAAUCCAAGAUUAGAUAUUGCUGAGUUC